AUGCGCGCCCUCUCCCAGAAGCCUCCAAGGGUUCCCCGCCUGCGCUCGUUGUCAGAGGCGCUCCGGCGCGUGCGCGCGUUAUCUCCGGCGGACCCGAGUAGCCAGGUUCCCUCAGCUCCAGGCCCCCGCCCCACACCGCCCCCCCUCUUAGCCCCUAGCCCACCCGUCCCCUUCCUCUCCUCGCGGAAUGGGGCUGGCGCUGCUCGGGGUCGCGCGCCCGGGACCCGGCUCGCGCUCGGUCUCGCGCUGUCAGCGACUGCCCCGCUCGCGCCGCCUCGCGCUCUCGCUCAGUCAGUGGCGCCGAAGGCUCCGUUAAGCAGCGGCGGCGGCGGUUCCUGUUUCCGUUUCUUGGUCUCCCUUCAGUCGGGAGUAGCAUCCUCCACCCAGCCACCCCUCCCACUCCCCAACGGGGCAGCUGCAGCUGAGGGCUGUGGCGGCGGCGGUGGCGGCGGCAACUGGAGACGGCGGAGACCGCCUCUGCUCCCGCCUCGGCUGUUUCUUAUCCUGAAAAUCUGACAAACUUUGUUCAGUCGUCAUGGCUUUAUG